AUGGUCGCGACUGCCGCCGAUGUUCCAUCAGCAGCCGUUCGCAUCUACCGGGUUAAUGAGCAGAAUAUUUCUGCCAGCCCACAUCAGUCUUACGAUUGUACCCGAGCUCUCAACCUGGCUGGAGAGCCACUGCCUCUGGAAGGGUGGGCAUAUAUGCCAGCAGCGAUCAAAUGGGGCUUGUCCGAGGGUGUGGAACACCUGCUUCUAGUCGGAUAUUCUCCACGAAGUCUCACUAAUGAUGAGAAUGAUGUACCCGAAGAUAAGCUCAAGACCGGCGAGAUCUGUCUGUGGAACGGUCUGGAUGGUCUCAAGGUCGAAGGCGGCACUCGUACACAGAUCCAAAUCUUCAAACCCUCUGAUAAUGUCGAGUUCGGAUUCGGCUUUAGUACGGUCAAAACACUAGACUGUCCUGGUCUAGACAUCAACGAACUCGCAAUCAGGCCAAAUGCAAUUGAUAGUGUUUACGUUGCAGCAGGCUGUACAGAUGGCAAAACUUACAUCUGGGAUGCCACUAAGAGUGGCGAGUCAGACAAGCCCAUCCAUGUGCUUCGUCAUGGCAAACCAACGGAGGAACUCCCACCCGGUGCCGAGAGAGAAUUGGAGGACACAGGGGUCAAGUUCACAGCCUUCGGAACUAGCCCUGAUCGUUUCUAUACUGGCUCGUCCGAUGGUGUCGUCAAGGUUUGGAAUAUCAGAAAUCGUAAGCAUCCGCUGGUCCGGGUACUUCUCGAGGCACCGGCACAGAUUUCCUACGGAAAGUUCUCGCCGGAUUACUCGAAGUUGAUCAUCGGAGACGCUAGUGGUCGUGUGUUUCUGUUGUCAGUCGACAACAAUGAAGAGAAACCCGCGGACUUUAUCAACCUUCCAGGACCUAAUGGUCCUCGGCGCAUAAGACGCCCAAAACCAUUCAUACCUCAUCCGCCGCCACCCCGACCGCCUCGGGAGGGUGGUAUGGAGAUUGACGGAGACGAAGACGAUUCAAUGGCCGGAAACAAGCAAGCCAAGGCAUACCUUGCAUCAGGUCAGCUAAAGCUUACGAAAAACCCGGUUAUAGGUGCUGUGAAAGGACCUAAUUACGCAGAGACGGGCUUGUUCCGCAAGGAAGCCUAUCUCAACCAAGACCCAGCCGGCGCAAUGCUGCCUCAAUGGGAUUUGAAGCAACAGGAGAUGCAGAAGCUGCAAGCCAGAUACGGCAUGCCUCCUAUUGUAAGGAAAGCACGAGAAGUGAGAGGUCACGAGCGUGCUCUUUUCCAACACGACAAGAACGCCGCGUUGGACCUUCAUAUCGAUUCUCUCCCUCGGGAGACGCGACUCCAGCUAGAGUGGUCCAAGGUAGACUUGGAUACCCAGGAGCCGGAUUACGGCUUCGAAUACGAAGAGGAGUUUUGA